AUGUCAAAUGUACCUGUUUCUGGGGCGUCAGGAAAUAACAGUGCAUCUAAUUCUACUACAUCCACUGUCACUAGGGUAGAAAAUUCUAGACCUGUAUUUUCUGACAUGUCAAGAGCAAUGCCUGUUAAUCAACCUAGUCAAACUGUGGGAUCUUUAGCAAAUAUUAGGCAACAGAUGGAUGAAAGUCACCAUGAUCUAGUAAACAUGUUAACUCAUCAAAUGGUGACAAUUUUAAAUCCUCUUUUAGAAAAUACAAACACUAGAAUUGAACAAUUAAAUAGGCAAGUUAAUAGGAUUGCUACUGUGGUAAAUUUAGAAGAAAAUGAUAACCAAGGUUUAAGAUUUGAUAAUGUCAAUCAAAAUGGUGGAGCAAUUCCUAAUUAUGAUGUCCAUAUGCCUAGACAUGGUCAAAAUGCUGAUGAUAUAGCUCCCAAAGGGUUGGAAAUUCCAAAAUCCCUUACAAAAUUUUCUAGAGAAGAAAAUGAGUCUACAGUAGAGCAUAUUGCUCGAUAUACUGUUGAAAUUGGGGAAGCAGCUUCUAAUGAAUAUCUCAAGAUGAGAUACUUUCCUUCUUCUUUAACAAAAAAUGCAUUUACAUGGUUCUCCAACUUGAGACCAAAUUCUAUUCAUUCUUGGGUACAGUUAGAAAGAAAUUUUCAUGAUCAGUUUUUCCGAGGUGAAUUGAAAGUUAGUCUUACGGAUUUAUUCUCUGUCAAACGUGUAGAAGGAGAAUCCAUUGAUACUUAUUUGGCGCGAUUUAGAAACAUAAGAAAUAAGUGUUUUACUCCGAUUCUGGAAACUGAAGUUGUCAAAAUGGAUACUAAUGGGUUAGAAUUUGGAGUUAGGAAGAAACUUGUCAAUCAACAUACUUUAGAUCUUUCCCAGUUAGCUGAAAGAGUAAGACAGAUAGAACAAAUUAAGAAAGAAAAAGAAAAUUUUAAAAAGGGUUCAAAAAAGGUUGCAUAUGUUGAUUGUUUUUCUGAUAGUAGUAAUUCAGAUGAGAAGGAGAUUUAUAUUGCUGAAUUACGUGGGGUCCUCCUUAUGUAUGCAAAUCUUUGA